CACAACUGUACCGAUUCCAACACCUGUGAAAACACGCCGGGAAGUUUUCAUUGUAACUGCCAGUCUGGUUUUAACUUAAUUGCCACUAACUCUACUAUGACCUGCUUACCUAAAGACACGCCUGAAUAUGUUACGCCUGUAUAUGUAAGACCGACUCAGAUUUUUCUUGGAACCACCAUUGGCUUCUUGGUCAUCCUGUUUGCAGUUACCUGUAUCAAACAAAGGAUGAAGCACCGGAAAGACACUGAGCUCCGACAAAAAUUCUUCGAGCAAAAUGGCGGCGGCAUGUUGAUUCAGAGACUCUCAGGAGCAGGGCCAUCAAAUGUUGAUGUCAAAAUCUUUGCUGAGGAAGGCAUGAAGGAAGCAACUAAUGGUUAUGAUGAGAGCAGGAUCCUGGGUCAGGGAGGCCAAGGAACGGUCUACAAAGGGAUAUUACCAGAUAAUUCCAUAGUUGCUAUAAAGAAAGCUCGGCUAGGAGACAGUAGCCAAGUAGAGCAGUUCAUCAAUGAAGUGCUCGUGCUUUCACAAAUCAACCAUAGGAACGUGGUCAAGAUCUUGGGAUGUUGUCUAGAGACAGAAGUUCCGUUGUUAGUCUAUGAGUUCAUUACUAAUGGCACCCUUUUUGAUCACUUGCACGGUUCAUUGUUUUAUUCUUUUCUUACAUGGGAACACCGUCUGAGGAUAGCCAUAGAAGUAGCUGGAACUCUAGCGUAUCUUCACUCUUCUGCUUCUAUUCCAAUCAUCCACCGUGAUGUCAAGACUGCUAAUAUACUCUUGGAUGAAAACUUAACUGCAAAAGUAGCUGACUUUGGUGCAUCAAGGCUGAUACCAAUGGAUAAAGAGCAGCUCACAACAAUGGUGCAAGGCACUCUCGGCUACUUAGACCCAGAAUACUACAACACAGGGCUUCUGAACGAGAAGAGUGAUGUUUAUAGUUUUGGGGUGGUCCUCAUGGAACUUCUCUCAGGUCAAACAGCAUUGUGCUUUGAAAGACCACAGAACUCAAAACAUCUGGUAAGUUACUUUGCUUCUGCGACAAAAGAGAAUAGGUUGCAUGAGAUUAUUGACGGGCAAGUGAUGAACGAGGAUAAUCAGAGGGAGAUCCAUGAAGCUGCAAGAGUUGCUAUCGAAUGUACAAGAUUGACGGGAGAAGAAAGGCCACAGAUGAAGGAAGUAGCUGCUGAGCUAGAAGCCCUAAGACUCACAAAAACUAAACAUAAGUGGUCAGAUCAGUACCCUGAAGCAGAGGAUGUUGAGCACUUGCUAGGUGUACAAAUCCUAUCAGCACAGGACGAAACCAGUAGUAGCACUGGCUAUGACAGCAUCAAGAAUGUAGCAAUAUUGGACAUUGAAGCUGGAUCGAGUGUGGUGGGAGAUUCCGCCAUUGUCACCUUGCUCUACUCUGAGCUCUCGUUACUGUUUGAUUUUACGAGAGAAAGAAACAAACAAAGAAAGAGAGAAAUUAAAAGGGAGAAGAUGAUAAAGGUGUGUAGUCGUCUGUUCUUGUUGGUGGCUAUAUUCUUCAUUGCUUAUACGCAGCUAGUGAAGGGGCAACCUCAUCAACCUCGCCGAGAUUGCCAAUCUAAAUGUGGCGAUUUCACUAUUGAGUACCCUUUUGGUAUCUCUACGGGUUGUCACUAUCCCGGAGAUAAGAGUUUCGAUAUCACCUGUGAGAAAGAUAAACCACAUGUCAGACACAACAUUGAAGUGAAAACCUUUGAUCACAGCGGCCAGCUACGCGUCCUGCUUAAUCGAUCUACUGUUUGCUACGACGAGGAAGCAAAUAUUGAAUUCAACUCCUACCGGCUUAAGCUGGAUAAUUUGUCUCUCUCCCCCAACAACAAGUUUACUGUAGUCGGCUGUAACGCUUGGGGACUUCUCCGCACUUUUGGAGUGCAAAACCACUCAACUGGAUGCUUGUCAUUAUGCGAUUCUCCCCCGGCGCCAAAUAGUAAAUGUAAUGGUGCAGGUUGCUGCAGAACAGACGUCUCUAUCCCGUUGGAUAGCAAUAGACUUCAAACUGGAUCAGUUCGCUUCCAAAACAUGACUUCUGUGCAGCACUUUAAUCCUUGCACCUACGCUUUUCUCGUUGAAGAUGGUAUGUUUAACUUCAGUUCUACAGAGGACCUUAAGAAUCUGCGGGGUGUCAAGCAGUUCCCUGUCGUACUAGAUUGGUCUAUUGGGAACCAGACAUGUGAGCAAGCUGGAAGCAGAAACAUAUGCGGUGGGAACACCACAUGUUUUGAUUCUACUCGUGGAAAGGGUUAUAACUGCAAAUGUAGAGACGGUUUUGAGGGGAAUCCAUACACUUCAGACGGUUGCCAAGACAUCAAUGAAUGUACUACUACGAGUACUAUCCACAAACAUAAUUGUUCGGAUCCCAAAACCUGUAGAAACAGAGAUGGAGGCUUUGAUUGUAAGUGUCAAUCUCGUUACCGCUUAGAUACAACCACUAUGAGUUGCAAGCGUAAAGAUUUUGGAUGGGCUAUGAUUCUUCUUGUAACCACUAUUGUCUUCUUGGUCAUCCUACUUGGCAUUAGUUACAUAAAACAGAGGCUGAGGCGUCGGAAAGACACCGAGCUACGACAACAAUUCUUCGAGAAAAAUGGUGGUGGCAUGUUGAUACAGCGACUCUCAAGAGCAGGGUCGUCUAAUGUUGAUGUCAAAAUCUUUACUGAGGAAGGCAUGAAAGAAGCAACUAAUGGUUAUGAUGAGAGCAGAAUCUUGGGCCAGGGAGGCCAGGGUACAGUCUACAAAGGGAUACUACCAAACAGCUCCAUAGUUGCCAUAAAGAAGGCUCGGCUUGGAGACCGUAGCCAAGUUGAGCAAUUCAUUAACGAAGUGCUCGUGCUGUCACAAAUCAAUCAUAGGAACGUGGUCAAGCUCUUGGGAUGUUGUCUAGAAACUGAGGUUCCCUUGUUAGUCUAUGAGUUCAUUACCAGUGGCACUCUUUUCGAUCACUUGCACGGUUCCAUGUUUGAUUCUUCUCUAACAUGGGAACACCGUCUGAGAAUAGCUAUAGAAGUAGCUGGUACUCUUGCUUAUCUUCACUCCUCUGCUUCUAUUCCAAUCAUCCACCGAGAUGUCAAGACUGCCAAUAUCCUACUGGAUGAUAACUUAACUGCAAAAGUAUCUGACUUUGGUGCUUCAAGGCUGAUACCGAUGGAUAAAGAGCAGCUCACAACUAUGGUGCAAGGCACUCUAGGUUACUUAGACCCAGAGUACUACACCACAGGAUUGCUGAACGAAAAAAGCGAUGUUUAUAGCUUCGGGGUAGUCCUCAUGGAACUGCUCUCAGGUCAAAAGGCAUUGUGCUUUGAACGGCUAGAGACCUCAAAACAUCUAGUGAGUUAUUUUGUUUCUGCCAUGAAAGAGAAUAGGUUGCAUGAGAUUAUUGACGGCCAAGUAAUGAACGAGUAUAAUCAAAGGGAGAUCCAGGAAGCUGCAAGAAUUGCUCUUGAGUGUACAAGACUUAUGGGAGAGGAAAGGCCAAAGAUGAAAGACGUAGCUGCAGAGCUAGAGGCCUUGAGAGUCAAAACAACCAAACAUAAGUGGUCAGAUCAGUAUCCGAAGGAGGUUGAGCAUUUGCUUGGUGUUCAAAUCUUAUCAGCGCAGGGUGAUAGCAGUAGCAUUGGCUAUGACAGCAUCAAGAAUGUAGCAAUAUUAGACAUUGAAGCUGGCCGCUGAUAUUUAUCAGUCCAGUUCUGACAAAAGCAAAUGUAAUGUGAUUUUUUCUUGUGUUGUAAAGGAAUCUUAAUGCUUCACAUAUUAUUAUCUCA